AUGGCGUGCCCUCACAAUGCUGUUCUUCUUUGUUCAUCCCAUUACAGGGUUGUCAUCCCUAAAUGUACGGAAUUAGCUUUCGAUACUCAAACUGCCUUGACGACAAGUACAAUAAGUUCCACAGUAAAGGGUCAGGUGAAAGGCUGCAUUGUGAUGGAACCUGCUAGGGAAUAUUUAAAUUCCAAAAAGAUAUGUUGUAUGCAGAAUGACUGCAUUUUUGUUAGGUCUUCCAAGGAACUUAGGAAACACAUGAAAGCAGAUCAUCCAUGUGCUCAACCGCGCAAAGCGAAGCUGACCCUUGAGAAAAAAUGA